GAAAUCAGAACACAAAAUAUAAAGCUUGGAAAUAGCCACUAUAAACUAAGGAAAAUGAAAACUAACUGUUCUCGACUUCUUUCAAUUUUGGCAGCCCUUGUAGGAGCUCUUGUUCUUCCCUCGAAAGCUCAAGACAGUCCACAAGACUAUGUAAGUGCUCACAACCAAGCACGACAGGCAGUAAGCGUAGGUCCCGUACAGUGGGACGCUAGGCUUGCAGCCUACGCUCAAAGCUACGCCGACCGACUAAGAGUCGACUGCAGACUCGUACACUCCGGUGGGCCUUACGGAGAGAACUUGGCCAUGGGUAGCGGCGACCUUUCUGGCGUCAGAGCCGUGAACCUUUGGGUUAGCGAGAAGGCUAACUAUUACUACCCUACGAACACGUGCAAUGGAGUUUGCGGUCACUAUACUCAGGUCGUUUGGAGAAAGUCUGUGAGAAUUGGAUGUGGCAAAGCAAGGUGUAACAAUGGUGGAACCAUCAUCUCUUGCAACUAUGAUCCUCGUGGCAACUAUGUGAACGAGAAGCCUUACUAAUGAGUUAAUUAUGCAACGACACAUAAAGCACCUGCAUAUAGAACGUGUUUACAUAUAUUUCAAUAAAGAACAUCGUAUGCAGGAUGUGUAUCAAUAUUUAAAAAAUAAAAUGAAUGUUUACUAGUA